ACAAAAUUAUUGUUCAUUUCUUCUGAUACCAUUGUUUUGUUGAAUACAUAUUUCAGCUUUUCAGGGUGAUGUGUUAAAUGACUCACCCUGUAUAAUAAAAUACUAAAUUACUUGUUGCCUUGUGCGGUAACAAUCAUUACAGCGGUUUGAGUGCCAAAAAUCCUCCUCUUUCUUUCCCCUUCCUCCCUACCAAGCUUGUUUCUUUACUACAACUCUUUAGGAGAGGGGCACUGUUUUACUUAAGGGGAAGACCGGAGGGAAGUCCGAAGAAGUACUUAGAGGAGUGGCCAUCGUUACGCAGGUAGGGUCAAUUAGAGUUUCGAAAGCGUGAAAAAACAUGUGGGACGACGAGCCAGCGCCAUGGGAUAUCGAAGAAACCCCAGAAGAACAACCCGCGGAAGGAGAAGCAGCAGCUGAGGGGGGUGCAGCAGCAGCACCUGCGGAAUUACCGAAAGUAAAAUUAGAAAAAAUCGAACCUCCACAUUACAAUCAUCACUGGGUUCGUCCUCUGUUUCUCAAUUAUGCGUAUCUUUACGAAUAUAGGAAAAAUUACUAUGACGACGUUAUCGAUUACCUAAAUCAGAGGCAAAGAGGAAUAUUCCGUGAACCACCUCGAGCCCAAGAAUGGGCCGAAAGGGUGAUGAGGACCUACGACGAGAAGAACACUGACAAGAGCUAUAAACGGUCAGCAGAUAUGAAAGAGAUAAUUAAUAUGAGACACGAUCCUAGAUAUUACAGUUACCAUACUCGAGCCUACUAUAGUUUGAAGUAUCAAAAAAUCUUGUGAAUUUAUUUUCUAAUUGUAACUGUACAAUUGAACUGUAUAUUAAAAUCGACCCAUGUGGUAUA